UCCACAGGAAGCCGGAAGUGCCGGCCUCGAACUGGCUGACGUGUAAAGAGGCGUCCCGAUGGUCCAGACCGGGUGGACGAACAGUUGGCAUGGAGGCGCUUUAUCACCAGACCAACAAGCAAAUCCAUGAGGUCCAAUCGUACAUGGGCCGUCUGGAAACCUCAGACAAGGAGUCUGUUCACUUGGUAGAAAAUGAAAUUCAAGCACGAAUAGACAGAAUUUUUAGCAAUCUAGACCGGUUGGAAAUCUUCUGCAACAAGGAACCACCAAACAAGCGGCAAAAUGCCAAACUCCGGGUUGACCAGCUGAAAUACGACAUUCAGCAUCUGCAGACAGGAUUGCGAAAUUUCCAGCAUCGUCGCUAUGCACGGGAGCAGCAAGAGAGACAGCGUGAGGAACUUCUGGCCCGAACAUUCACCACUAACGAUUCUGACACCACCAUUCCAAUUGAUGAAACAUUACAGUUUAAUGAAUCCCUUCAAAAUGCACACCGUGGCAUGGAUGAUCUUAUUGGCAGCGGAACCAGCAUCCUACAGGGCCUGAGGGAACAGAGAGUGACAUUAAAGGGCACCCACAAGAAAAUAAUGGAUGUUGCCAACAUGCUGGGCUUAUCUAAUACAGUCAUGCGUCUCAUUGAGAAACGGGCCUUCCAGGAUAAGUACUUCAUGAUUGGAGGCAUGCUUGUGACAUGCAUAAUCAUGUUCUUCGUGCUGCAGUAUCUGACUUGAAAGACUGAAGAACCCAUUAACUGACUGUGUUGGACUGCCUUUCUACACUGACUUCCAGCUUAACUGUGAAUCCCCUGGAUUGGCUACAGCUGCUGUAUGGCUCGUAUGAUGCUCACGUUGAGUGGCUUAUGUAGGCUCUGCCCGUGGUGUUCAGGGAUGCGUAUGAAACCACACAGCACUGGUCAUUUUUCAGUCAUAUGGUGGGCAUGUUGCCCAUGUGACUCUCAGGUUUAGUUGACAAGAGGGCAUGAGCUGCCUAGCUGCUGUUCACAUUCAUGUGGCCAUAUAAUCCUGGUAUAGUUACAAAGCCCUCCCCAAAAAGUGCCCAAUGAAGAAAAUGUUACUAUUGGAUUUGUAGACCACAUAAGUUCCUCAAGGUCAAGAUACAUAUGCAGUUAUGUCUGUGAAGACUAAUCACUAGAGAAAAUGAAGCAGCUUGGCUUGAAGGACUUGUUGGUUUAACUUUAUUACAGGUCUGGGACAUAGGGGGAAUGUCUUGUUUCCAGCAAUGAUUAAAAUAAAUGGAAAUUCUUUAGUCCAUGUGCAACGGAGAUGGUUUUUGAUAAUUGUAGAUUCUGUAUCUGUCAUUUAUCUAAAGUAAACAGACUGUGAAGACUAGCUGAGCUACACUGUAGUAAUUCACUUUCAAGUAAGUCAUGGAUGUGUUGGGGACUAUGGUAUUUUAGAUACAUGUGCUAAUGCUCCUUGUAGCAGUAUUCUGCUUUUGGUUUUGGGAAGAAGUAUGGAGAGUGCUGCUUACCAUAUAACAGAAGGACAAACAUCCUUACAAAAUGCAUUUAUAUGUGUAUUUUUUAAAAUUGUACUUGGAAUCACUGAUUCACAGUAGAGCCAUUGUAUUUGUCAGAGCAGUGAAAUCUUUUAAGUCCCCAGCUUUUGUGUAUUCAGUUUCUUCUGCUUUUCAUGAAUGCAAAAUUUAUUACUAUAGUUAUUUCUGCAAUUUCUAUGCUGCACAGUUCCAAAAAAGCUCUGAGCUUUUAUACAGUGACAUAUAACAAGAUGAAUUUAGCCACUUUUGAGUCUAAAGCAUAUAAUUCUUAAUGGCUCUUUUGGGGGUGAGGGGGGAGUGGGGGGGUGCUGAAAUCUUGUGCACAUGUCCUAAGGAACAGAGUUGAAAACUUCCGGGUGACAUACAUAUAUAUGCCUCCUCCUGGCCUGUGUCUUCUAAUGUCUCAGUCCUAUUGUCCUUUUGCUUUUCUUGUUCCAACUGGGCCAGUAUUAUUGUUCUGUUUGGAAAACCUGCUUGUGGGUAGAUGAACAGCACCGAUAUUAUUCCAUACUACAGCAGGUUAUAUGGGCUGUUUAACCUGUACUGUAAAAGCUCCAAGGUUUGAAGAAAUCUUUACAGCUGACAUAUCCUGUGUUCUGAAUUUCCUGGUUUCAAACAGUGUCUGGGUGUCCGAUUAAGCAGGUGAAUUAUCAAAGCUUCAGUUUGUCCUUUUCUACUUCCCCAAAUGCAUUAGCACAACCAUAUGCUGAAAUAGACAUCCAGGCAUCAUGUACAACUUGCAAUCUGGCCAUGUUCCUGGUAACAGCUUAUUUGAUCCUUGCUCCAUUUUUACUGAUAAGAAUAAUGUUUCAGUUGGUUUAAGCAGAUUUAAAAAUACUUCCAAAAUAGAUAAGGAAAACAUUCAACAUAGCGAUUAUAGUUUCAUUCUGUUUUUUUUUCCUGCCUUACUCUCCUACCCCUCCAAAUUAAAGUUCCCUUUUUCCCUUGAGGAAUCACAUACUCUGCUUGAGAGUACGUAUGUAAUUGAGAAUUGGCUAGACAUUAUUAAGCUUAUCAUCAUGCUAUACAUUUUUUUAAAGGUAGAAUGCUAAGUGUGAGUUUCUGUGGUGAUAGGUUUUUUAGUAUCUACCUCUCUAGGAUUUUGAGUGGGAGGGAUACUAUGAGAACAAAUUGUAUUAAAUAUUGGGAAGCCCUUGAAUCUUAAUUUUCAAGUUAAUCUCUCCUUUAGAAGCAUUCAAGCUGCCUUCCCAAGCCCUUAAUAUAUGUAGCAGAUUAAAGUAAUGGCAGAUACAUUGUUAUAAAUAUACAGAUUAUGAUAAACAGCCACAAAUAGAGCUAACUGGAACUUUUAAGAGAAAUCCAGAUCCUUAAAAUGAAUUAGACAACUUGCAUAGCUAGCCGAAUUAUAUGUGAAUAGAGUUGGAAAGAGUUUUAAAGCCCCCAAGUGUGUAUGUGUAUGUGGCAGAAUAUUGUAUGUACCUCUGACUUUGUUAAUUUGUAUGUACCUCUGACUUCGUGGUAUGCAGGUAACCGUAUGUUUGCCUGCAAGUUGUCUAGCUCAUACAGAAUAGCAUGAGUUUGGGGUUCUCCUAGUGGCAUAUAAGAAGCCAACAUAUGUCAAAUCUAUCCAGUACUGUCCUUACUGUUAACAAGGAAUGCUGCAUGGGGCGUAGAUCUCACCAGGACUGGUAACCCCAUGGAGCCACUGGAGGGAGAUGGGCAGUGAUGAAAUUUGAUAAAUAAAUAAGUAAAGGGGUUGGAUGGGCACUGGGGCAGCCUUAGUCAAGGAGGCUUAUUCCAGAAGAAGAAGCUCUCAGACCUACCUACUUCACAGGGCUGUUGUGGGAAAAAACAGGAAGAGAGAGGGCUAUGUAUGCUGCCUUGAGCUACUGAAUGAAAGGCAUGGAAAAAAUUAAUGGAUACAUAAAUAACCUAGUCUAUGCCUUCUAUAACCAACAAAACUUUGAUUUGAUGGAUCUUUCUGGGGAGGGAAUAACUCCUGAAUGUCCAUUAAAUGUCAUUCACAUCAAUUUGCCAUUUUUUAAAAAACUGUAUAAUGACGUGCAUACACAAAUUAUGUAAACUGUGUCAUAUAUGUUCUUAUAUCAGUAUGCAAAUGAUAUAAAUUGAGGAAAUAAUGCAAA